AUGGACGCUGGCGCCGUUCUUAAACAUGAGGACAUCGACGUCGUCGCCCCCGUUGCCCACCAGGACGCUUUCAAAGGCGAUUCUGGCCAGUCGCCCGCUGUCCCGGAGAAAAUAAGCGCAUAUUAUUCGCUUGUCUUCCCGGACAUCACUUUCUACAUCCAAACACUGUCUAUCGCCAUUGGCCGCAGAUGCACGCCAUCGUCCUCCGUCUCGUCCUCCUCGAGGGACCCCACGCAGGUCGACGUGGACCUGGGGGCUCUCAAGAGCGUGUCCAGGCUCCAUGCGAAGAUUGAGUAUGACCAGGACGAGGACAGGUUUGUGCUCGUCGUAGUUGGGCGGAACGGGGCUUGGGUCGACGGUGUUUGGUCUGGGAGCGGUACCAGAGCUCCCCUCAGCGAGCGGUCUCAGAUACAAAUAGCGUCAAGGGUGUUUCAUUUUGUACUUCCUCCUCCUCCUCCGCCUGAGGAUACCCCAUCCCCGAGCUCUAAUUCGUCUACGCACCGACAACGAUCACCAUCGCUCGACAUUACGUCGAUAUCACCUCCCUCGUCGCAACCUACCAAUUCGCCUCCUCCUCCUCCUCCGAUGCCCCUCCCUACAAUUAAGCUCAAGCUUCCCGUUCCUCCUCCCCGCGUCCCUAAGACUGAGCAAGCAGAACCUCAGCUGCCUAAUUCCAACCACAUUGGGAAGCCCGGGAAAGAGGCGUCUCCAUCCAAGUCCCUCGCACCUUCUGCUUCAGCUUCGGCGACACCUACCCCAUCUACCAAGAAGAGGAAGAAAUCUGACAUAGAUCCUACACCUUCUGAACCCCCACCGCAACGGCCCAGACCAGAAGACAUGCCCCCCAAGCCUCAAGUUACGUAUGCCCACCUCAUAUGUCGUGCCAUAAAGGACCUCGAUGGCAAAGCCACCCUGCAGCAAAUAUGUAACUGGAUACAGUCGCAUUAUGAAUAUUACAAGUGGGCAGACGGAGCAUGGAUGAGUUCCGUGAGGCACAACCUGUCAUCCAGCCGCGACAAGUUCAGGAAGAUGGAGCGCUGUGGAGGUGACAAAGGCAAGGGGUUCUAUUGGUCGGUCGACGAGAAGUAUAUACCAAUCUACGAGGAACUCGAGCUAAAGACGCAGCAAGCAGCAGCAGCAGCCUCGCUAUCUCUCAAUCAGGCAAACGCACACGAUGCAGAUGACAGGGAUUCCUCUCACCCUGGCGCGGGGAAAGGCCGGAAAGCUACGAAAGGACCCUUAGAACCGCCACUAAAGCGGGGUACCAAGAACGGCGGCCCCCCACCUCCGCUUCUCACCAAGACACCGCUGCCUAUGCCUACGAAGUCCAAUUCGGUAAUGUCUACGACCGCUUCAGCUGGGGCUGGUGUUCCAUUCUCCUACACUCACUUUGCUCAAGCGCAGCCAAUGACCUUGACUGCACCUGGCGGUAGGCCAGUUGGGAACGCAGCAGGAACCGUCAAGGCUGGUUAUUCAGCGCAGCCAAUGAGUGCCCCCAAUCCAUAUGCUCCUUUGGCGGGUCGACAGUGGUCAGCUUAUGCUCCACAGACGCCCGGCGCUACAGCGAGGCCAGCUGGAGACGCCAGUAACGCUGGUCAUACUAAGGUGCCCAACGUUGACGCGAAGCCUCCAGCCCCUUCGACCGCUGUAUCGUCAACGCCUGUGACUACUGAUACGACUUCAAAGGCAUCAACGCUGCCUAUGAUUCCCGAAUCAGUCCAUAUACCCAUUAUCCUUGGUCCAAUACCCCCUUCACACCCAUCAUAUGCCGCAUCGACUUCAGCCGCUGGAGCUACAGCUAAUACCACACAGCAACCCAUAGUCCUCCAUGAGAACACGAUUAUUUUAGACCCAACUUUUUUCACGGACCUCACUCCAGAGUAUCUCAAGCAAUUGGAGGCUUUAGGAGCACAGAAGGCCCUUGGAGAGUUACAAGGACAUAUUGUUAGGAUAUUGAAGGAGAGGAUGGGCAAGAAAAGGAUGAGAGGUCGUGGGAGAGGUCGCGGACGGGGCAGAGGAGCUGGCCCGCCUGGUCGAGGUGGGGCUGUUGCGGGGCCUUCUGGCGGCGAUGGUACGGCGCUCGUGAACCCGGGCGACAGCCAAGCAGGUACGAAAGCUCAAGAAGAUCCUAACGCAAUGCAAGGCGUUGUAUCGGCUUCGACGAACGAACCAUCCCCUUCGCAAGUGGCGGCUCCUUCAGCACCGACACAGAGCGUCGCUGCAGAUGUAAGCAUGAAGCCUCCCACACCUGUCCCGAUCUUGGACAAGUCCGCCACCGCGUCCAGGGAAGAUUCGCCGAUUGUCAUCAUCGAUGAUGACGAUGAUUAUGAUACGCCCUCGGCAAAGCGCCGUAAAGUCGAUGCUGACGAUAUCCCAACGACGCCAGGCCCUCUUCUCGUCACUCCGACAUGA